UUUCAUCACCCGAAACGAAGCGAAGAAGAAACUCGGAAACACAUGGCGACAUCAGCUGAGCUAGAAGACUCUUUUUAAUCUAAAUUGUAUUUACUCUUAGGGUUUGAUCCAAGCCACACAUACUUAAUCUCUUACGGUUAUUUUAAGAGAAAAUCAGUGGAACAUUAUUUCAACAUGGUUCGUGCGCAAAGAGCUAAACCCACUGGGAAACCAAAGAAAAGACCGCAAUACGAUGAAGACGACCCAGAGGCGUACAGAGACAUGCCUGUCCCUGAUAAGAAAUCAUCCAAUUACAUAAAGGACAAAAUUGAUGAGUUUCACGAUGAAAAGAUUGCAAGUCUUCUGGCCCGAGGAGUGCAGAUGGACAGUGAAGAAGAAGAGCUGGAUGAUGAGGACGAGGUGAUGCCUUUGGAUGAUUCCGAGGAGGAAGAAGAUGUGGAGGAAGAAGGGACAGACAUGGAGAGUGACCUGGAGGAGAAGAAAGAGGAAGAUCUUCCAGAUGAAAUGGCUUGGGGCAAAAAGAAGAAAAUGUUUUACGACUCUGACUAUGUGACUACCAAGGGGAAAAAACCUGAAGAGUUGGAAGAAGAGGAAAAAGAGGAGGAAGAGGAAGCCAUCAAAAUCCAAAAACGUUUAGCUGCAAAUCUGAGUGAGGAGGAUUAUGACUUGAACUUUUUCCAGGAGUUUGCGGUUGAAGAGAAGGACGAGGAGGGGGAAGUUAAAACAGAGGAAAAGAUUGUUAAAGAUUUAAAAGAGAUGUCCCAAAAAGAAAAGAUGAAACUGCUGAAGAAAGAGUCCCCAGAAUUACUUGAACUCAUUCAGGAUUUCAAGAAGAAGCUUACUGAAUUGAAAGAUGAAAUACAGCCGCUUGUUCAAAUGGUAACCAAUGGAAAGAUCCCACCAGGAAAAGGUGCAGAAUACCUCAAGACAAAACAGCAGCUAUAUUUAAACUAUUGCACAAAUAUCAGUUUCUACUUGGUAUUGAAAGCAAAAAGGAUACCUGCUCAUAACCAUCCAGUGAUUGAAAGACUUCUCACCUACAGAAAUCUUAUCAAUGAACUCAGUACAGUAGAUGCCCGACUUGCUCCACAGUUUCAAAAGCUGCUGGCUGGAGAGGAAAGUCUGGGCGGUCAGAAAACAGAUGGCAAGAAGACUAGUAAGAAAGAAAAGAAUCUUGAAGAGGUUGGCUCUGCAGACAUGGAGGACUCAGACUCUGAACUGGACGAAGAAGCAGCUUUACAGUUUUACAAAGGCAUCGAGCAGAGACUGAAACUCAAGAGGAAAGGCAAAACUCCAGAGACCGAGGAAAUGGGUGAAAAUGAAGACGAGGAGGAAGAUGAAGAUGCCAAGAGACGAAUUACUUAUCAGAUGGCCAAGAACAAGGGGCUAACUCCAAAGAGGAAGAAGAUUGACCGCAAUCCAAGAGUCAAACAUAGAGAGAAGUUUAGACGGGCCAAGAUCCGCAGAAAGGGACAGGUCCGAGAAGUGCGCACUGAGGAUAAGCGCUACAGUGGAGAGGCGUCUGGUAUCCGCGCUGGAGUCAAGAAGAGCGUCAAACUCAAAGUCUAAAACUAAAUGUAAACUGUAUCAACGUUAUUGUCAGUGUAUUGUUAGAGUUUCAACAGGUUGUAUAAUAAAUUCACUAAGUCUU